AUGUCCUCAGACACCCCCACCAAACCCGGUUUCAAGGCCCCUCUCCUCAAGCUCCUCCGCCUUUCCACUCGACCCGUCGUUAUGCUUCCGUUCCUGGGUACCAUCGGCCUCGUCCUCGUCAUCACACUCACAGUGCUUCUACCGCAAAAUGUCCACUCCAUCGAAAUUCCCGGCGCAGACAACAACCACAACUACCAAGUCGCCGUCUCCCACUUCCCCCUGACAGAUUCGACAAAGAAAGAUCCUUACCGCCCGGAUGAAGACCGUAGGGUCAUGGUCAGCUUGUACAUGCCUGUACCCAGGAAACAGUGCUCUGCAAUGGGCACGCAGGAGUACAUGCCCCCGCAAACUGCGAAGAUAGCAAACGAGCAGUUCAUUGAAGGCAACGAGCGUGACGCAGGUGUCUUCGAAACAAUGACAUACUCGUCUUGCGUUGGUAGUAGUGGUCGUAGCGGCGGCGGCGACGUCAGCAAAGUCCCCGUCGUAGUCCUAGAACCACACGUCGACACAAGCCGACUCAUGUAUUCGACAAUGGCGCGCUACAUCGCCGCCAACGGCGCCGCAGUCGUAGUCAUCGACCACCCUGGCGACGCGUCAAUCGUCCAAUUCACAUCCUCGCGUACCCGCGAUUUGGAGAUAGUGUAUAACAGCGGGACGGUGCCUUUGUCAAAUCUCUCCCCCCUCACGCAGUAUAACGAAACAGUAAAAGCCGCAGUCGAAACACGCAUCUCCGACAUCGCAUUCACCCUCAGCCAAAUUAACAGUACCUCUUUACUCUCGCGCCAAUUCCCCUCCCUGCACUUCACGGGCUCUCUAAACACGGAUGCCUACGGUAUCAUCGGCCACGGUCUCGGCGGCACAGUCGCAACCUCCCUCAGCCUCUUCCCCACCCUCCUCUCCGGCACCAAGUCUCCAACCCCAAACUCCCCCACCAACCUAUUCUCAAUCAAUCUCUCCGGCACACCGCCCCCUCUCAACACCUCCACGCAAAACACCCCCCUCUUCUUCUUCGGCCGCGCAGACUUCCGCCGCGAACACGACAUCAACUGGCCGACCACGUGGUCGCACCUCACGGGUCCGGCUACAGAAUUCGAUCUCGAUGACUCUGCUAUUUUCGAUGCGAGCGACCUGCCUCUUAUCGUUGAGCUAGCGCGGGAGGAGGGAGGGAAAGAGGGGGCGGUGGGAAGGGGGUUGAGUGGGAAUAGACCGGCGGAGGGGGCGAGGGCGGUGAUUUGCUUUUUGGAGAAUAUUGUUAAGGAGAUGGUGGGGUUGGAGGGGCAGGGGAGGAAUGUUGGGGAUUGUAUUAGGAUGUUUGAGGGGGUUAGGCCGUAUCCUGGGUAUGGGAAGUAA